GCUCUUUUUCUUGGAUACACUGAGGUGAUCCUUUUUCUAGCUGAGACUUUGCAAUGAGUCUUGAAGCAGAUUUGAGCCGGUAGAAGUUGGCAGUGUCUGCAUUCCGUUCUCCUGAUUUCCUUGCUGGUCAGAGUUAAGGUGCCAUGCAUCCAUUCCCCAGCCCUAGCUGUCUCCUGAAUCAUGAGAACAGCCUUUCCAUAUUGUGGAAAGAACUGGAGUGGAUUCACGCUGAAGGACAAGAUGCUUGCAGACACGUAAGCUCAAGAGGAGAAUGCAGAGUCCACGGAAACUCACUGCCAAACAACGAUGAGAAAGUAGAAUAGGCUCCUGUUGUUGAAGAUGGGACGGUGAAACAGAUGUCUCAGCUCAACACAACGCCAGUAGGAGCUGGUUCGGGCUACCCCCCCUUAAAAGGUCGGAAGUUCACAGCGAGGUAGACUACGAGCCUUCAUCCACUGACCGCCAGAGACCCCCACCACAUUUUUAGGACGCGUGCUCAAGAGGGUGGGACAAUACGUUAAUAGUUUCUCAGAAUUCCAGCCCAUUUUUGUGGAACGUAAUGAAUAUGUGGAUGUUAUGUCUGUAAGCAUGUAACCAGUGCUUUUCUCUGUGUGCGAGUUAGGAGGAGAUAUCCUCCCCCGCACCCGGCGCCGUAAUGAGCGUACCUGCUUUGUAACCUUACGUGGGUUCCAGAGUUUGAUUCCACACGUCACUCCCUUCACUAUUAAGAGGACAAAGAACUUCUGGCACAGAAGGAUGCCCACCUGCAAGGCUCAAAUUGCACGCUGCUUCCUCCCUCUCUGCUCAGUAAAACUCUGUGUUGGGCUCAUUUGGAAGGAAGGUUUGGUGUUCUGACUUCCUGGACAGUUGUUACCUAAAGCCUGGAGUGCCUGUGUCAACUGUGGCGGUGCAACUGCCACACCUUCUCUCCCCCUUCUCUCAGGCCUCUCGGUGCACCACUUCUCCUGAGACAAAAGGCGGAGGACCGGUACGUGGAGGUACUCCUCCUCUUCCCUUGCCCCUGCUUGCCUCUGGGUAGCAAGGGGCAAUGAAUUGGAACAUUAGGGGAUGCCCUAGUUGUAUCUGACUCCUGCUUUGCGCCCCACUGCCCAGGAACAAUCCUGGGGUCAGUCGUCGUCUGACAGCCUGGGACGCGUGAACACGAAUCACGGCUCAGGUGGGGUAGCGUGGAAUCCGUGAGUCCAGCAAGUUCUGGGGUUUGCACAACUGGUAGAAAGAACCAGAAGAUUUUGCCAUGCGAGGGGGCUGGUAUGGAAAAGUAGCCGUCAGAUCUCCAUCGUCUCAGACCCUAUAACUAGAGAUUCAAAGCGAGUGUUAAUCAAUAUCUGAAGGGAAGUGGGAGGAAAAUGGAUGAGGCCAGGCUCUUCUCGGUGGUGCGUAGCGGAGGACAAUGAGCAGUGGCCUAGAACUUGAGCACAGGAAGUUCCAUGCAAACAUGUGGAAGACCUUCUUUACGGUAAGGGUGGGGGAGCCCUGGGACGGGUUGCCCAGAGAGGUGGUGGAGGUUAUGACCAGCAUCUCCUCUGGGUUGGGAUGCCUCUCAGGUACUGCCAAAUCCUCGAGGCCCUCUACCAAUGAUAGUGUACCAAGGAUAGUCUACUGUGCUGUGAUCUUCAGGGACAUUUUCAACACAAGCCAUCCUAUUGUUCUGUGAUCUUCAAGGACACCUCCAACGUACAAAAAUCCAGUGGUUCUGUGAUCUUCAGGGAGCCAUGCAACACAAACCAUUCCAGCGUUGUGUGAUUUUAGAAGCUGGACGUGAGCCAGCAGUGUGUGCUGGCAGCCCGGAAGGCCAAGUGUGUUCUGGGCUGCGUUAAGAAAGAGGUGGCCAGCAGGGAGAGGGAGGUGGUUGUCCCCCUCUACUCAGCUCUUGUGAGGCCCCAUCUGGAGUACUGCACCCAGGCCUGGGGCCCUGUAUGAGACCUGUUGAACUGCAACUCCACCUGUGUGACCGGAAGGGGUGGAGCCAGGCUUCACCUCUCCUAAACCCCAUUUAAGGGCUGACUGCCACGGAGGAAGGAUCGCUCUCUGAAGAUCACUCCUCUUGGAGCCCUUUUGGCGAGCCUAGGACACGGGCUUGGAAGCAAGCUACGUGUGGGAAAUAUACUUGGUGCAGGAAAGGGGAUGUCCUUAGCCAAGGUGCUGGAAAACUGAAGGAAAACAGAUGAAACUGCAGAUCUAUCAACAAAAACGAGAUGAACUUGGUGCUCCCUUUCCGGAUGAUCGUUUGGAUCCGGAUUUUGUGCCUGUGCCUCUGGGACAACCCAGAGGCCCUGCUGGUGAAUCAGCAGAACAGAAUCCUGCCUCUGAGCCUGAAGGGGAUGCUGGAGAUGUGACUGGAGGAGGUGAUCCAGGUUCCGCUCUGAGCUCUGGGACUGAAACUCCGGCAGAUCGCAUGGGAGUGCCCCCAGGGAGGGCUUUGCCCGGUCAUGUGUUUCCUCCUGCGCUGGAGCCCAGCUGGAAUCCCAGCGGUCCGGAAAAAGGAAAGGAUGAACCCAAAAGAGGAGAAUACUCCCAGGGCUCAUCCCGUCUCCUCAAGGAACUGGUGAAGGAAAUGGAGAAGGCAGCGCGUGGAACUGACCAACAAAGUGAGCAGGAUGCACUGCAGGAAGGCAGCCAUCCCACACUGCCAGUCUCGGGCAAAGGAACGCAGGCAGCGCCAGCAACUGUCAUGCCAGGGAUGAAUGCCGGGACGAGCACAAAGGCUGCUGUUGGCAGAUCUGCGCGAAGGCGCCACAUUGCAGCGAUGGUACUGUUCUCAGCUGUGCUGCUGUCUGCGCUGGUGCUGGCCUGUGGUGCUGUGAUAUGGAUGUGCCAAAAAUACGUAGUGUGCAAGAGAGAAGAGAGAGCAGCAGAGCAGGCUCAUCCUGAUACCAACUAGGAGAGAGUUCCAACUGGAGACGAGGGCAGAACGGAGCUGGGAGAGGCAGCCGAAGAGACUCUUGCCCCAUCAAAGAAGAAUCUCAGCCAUCGUCCCAGUGCAUUCCAUUCUGCCAUCCAAGAGGCCAAAGGUCUUCAAAGUCAUCUGGAAGACUUGGAGCUUGAACUCAAAGCCGUGAAAGAGGUCCACGGGAACAGUCCUGAGUGCUGCUUUCUGUCAGGGGACGGCCCUGAAAGUGAGAGCGGAGAACCAGCAGCAGAGCUUUUGUCCUUCACCCUGCAUUCUCUGGGACAAGCAUCAGCAACAUUUCAAAGAUUCUUAGCUCGGCACAGCUACAAUCCUGUUGAGGGUCCUAAUGAGGAGCCAGAAAGCGAGCUUCCUCUGACCGCUGGACAACACCUUAACGUCUUUGGAGCUGUGGAUGAGAAUGGCUGGUUUCAGGGAGAGCUGACAGAUGGCACAAGAGGACUGGUCCCAUCCAGUUUGGUUGCGGAGGUUUCAGAUGAUGAACUGGAUACAACGAUGCCUCCGGAGCUCUGUGCUCUCCUGCUGGAUACUUGAUGAAUAAGUGGAUGCAGAGAUUCCAUCAUGCAGCAACAUCCUGUCAAAAUUCCUGCGUUACUCCAUCUGCAGGACUACCCCCUGCUCCACUUGAUGUUCAGGUGGAGUGUGUGCAGGACGUGGAUGAGCUCCUUUGGGAACACUCUGAGGUGACUGACAGUGUAACUGCAUAGUCUUGUGGUAUAUUAAACAAACAAACAAACAAACACCACCCACAAUAAAACAACCAACCAACCAACCCAAAAAGCGCUGCUCUUUUUCUUGGAUACACUGAGGUGAUCCUUUUUCUAGCUGAGACUUUGCAAUGAGUCUUGAAGCAGAUUUGAGCCGGUAGAAGUUGGCAGUGUCUGCAUUCCGUUCUCCUGAUUUCCUUGCUGGUCAGAGUUAAGGUGCCAUGCAUCCAUUCCCCAGCCCUAGCUGUCUCCUGAAUCAUGAGAACAGCCUUUCCAUAUUGUGGAAAGAACUGGAGUGGAUUCACGCUGAAGGACAAGAUGCUUGCAGACACGUAAGCUCAAGGAAGAGAAUGCAGAGUCCAUGGAAACUCGCUGCCAAACAACGAUGAGAAAGUAGAAUAGGCUCCUGUUGUUGAAGAUGGGACGGUGAAACAGAUGUCUCAGCUCAACACAACGCCAGUAGGAGCUGGUUCGGGCUACCCCCCCUUAAAAGGUCGGAAGUUCACAGCGAGGUAGACUACGAGCCUUCAUCCACUGACCGCCAGAGACCCCCACCACAUUUUUAGGACGCGUGCUCAAGAGGGUGGGACAAUACGUUAAUAGUUUCUCAGAAUUCCAGCCCAUUUUUGUGGAACGUAAUGAAUAUGUGGAUGUUAUGUCUGUAAGUAUGUAACCAGUGCUUUUCUCUGUGUGCGAGUUAGGAGGAGAUAUCCCCCCCCGCACCCGGCGCCGUAAUGAGCGUACCUGCUUUGUAACCUUACGUGGGUUCCAGAGUUUGAUUCCACACGUCACUCCCUUCACUAUUAAGAGGACAAAGAACUUCUGGCACAGAAGGAUGCCCACCUGCAAGGCUCAAAUUGCACGCUGCUUCCUCCCUCUCUGCUCAGUAAAACUCUGUGUUGGGCUCAUUUGGAA